CCUCGGGCCGCGACGGCCGCGCUGCCUGGGGAGUGCUCAUGAACUCAACCUGCGGGAUGAUGCAGGACGGCGAUGUGGACUGCAUCCCUCCUCCGUGGGAGGGAUGCUCCGAGUUUACCGGUGCCGGUUUUCGCCAGAAACUAAUAGCCGUGGCUCGGUGACAGGAAAAACUCCUGGAAAACUCGAAACCCCUCUGAAAACGUGGAAAUUUGGUAAAAGGCUUCAAAAUGCCCCCGUAGGAAGGUGGGGAGCGCCUGGGUAGCCGCUUGCCAGAACGGAAGAGCCUGCUGGCGGCAAAGGUGCUUAAAUAUCACUCGCGCUUUCGUCCCUCUCUUCACGGGAGUCUUUUCCCUGCUCCGGACGCCGGCGGAAGAGCGGCUGGCGAGGGGCAGUCUCAGCCUGGGAGCCGUGGGAAGUAGCCCACGCCGCGGGAGAACUGAGCGUCCCCGUGCAUACGUGGGAUGAGUGAGAAUGGGGCAAAUCUGUGACUCAGCCAAUGUGAUCAUCGGUGCUGCCUCUGGCCAGGCAAGGUCAGGUGGGCUCGAGCCAGAGGACAAAGGGAACAUAUCCAGGGCGUGUUGAGGCAGAGCAGGAGCACUUGGUGCCCUUGUGCUACCCUUGGCCGCCGCCCCUCCAGAUUGGGUCGAGCUGAGCAAUGUGCGUUGUCGGGGUGGGUCCUGUGUGAGCCUGGUCGGUGGCAGUGCUGCCUGUGGCUCAGCCGAGCCUUCUUACGCCACUGACCCCGACAGACCCUGGACCCUGCGCGCGAGUUGUCCCUUCUCAGUGUGUUUCUGCCCCUGCUAGGAUGCGCCAACCUCAGGAGAGCUGGAGCAGUUCGCCAAGGACCUCAAGCACAAGCGCAUUAUGCUGGGCUUCACCCAGGCUGACGUGGGGCUGGCACUGGGCACACUCUACGGGAAGAUGUUCAGCCAGACGACCAUCUGCCGCUUUGAAGCGCUCCAGCUCAGCUUCAAGAACAUGUGCAAGCUAAAGCCGCUGCUGCAGCGUUGGCUCAACGAGGCGGAGAACACAGACAACAUGCAAGAGAUGUGCAAUGCAGAGCAAGUACUGGCCCAAGCUCGGAAGAGAAAACGCAGGACUAGCAUCGAGACCAAUGUGAAAGGGACACUGGAGAGCUUCUUCCGCAAGUGUGUGAAGCCCAGUCCCCAGGAGAUCUCCCAGAUCGCCGAGGACCUCAACCUGGAUAAAGAUGUGGUCCGGGUCUGGUUCUGCAACCGGCGUCAGAAAGGCAAACGGCUGCUGCUGCCCUACGGCAACGAGGCAGAGGGGAUGAUGUAUGACAUGAACCAGCCCCUGGUGCCCUCCACUCUGCCCAUCCCAGUGACAUCCCAGGGCUACAGCCUGGCACCCUCCCCUCCUGUCUACAUGCCAACCUUUCACAAAGCUGAGAUGUUCCCACAAGCGCUGCAGCCUGGGCUCUCCAUGAGUAACAGCGGCCACUGAACCAGGGGCUGUGGGCUCACACCAGCAAGGGGGGCUGGUGCUCUGGGGCGGCUCCCCUUGCCCUGGGCUCACACAGGCACAGCCCUGCUUCUGCUCUCUGGGCUGAUGUGUGGGGCUUUUGGAGUGUGAGGCGCUGAGAGCCUGGCACAGGGAUGGUGCCUGCUCUCUGCAGAUGCUCCCAGCCCUUCUCAGUUAUGUGAGCUUACUGGUCCCAGCAGAAUUGGCCCCCCUCUGACCACUCCUGGGGCCAACUCCUCCUGCCCCACUGCGCCCUCUGAAGCCACAUGUGCCCAGGGCUCUUGAGCCCGUGCCUGGCCCCAGCCCAGCUGCUCUCCUGUGAGAUGCAGAAAAAAGUAUUUUUUAGAUUUUGG